AUGGAGGGCGUGGAGAAGAAUAUUAUCGCCCUAGAGAAGGAGAUCGUCGAUCUUGAAAAGCAACUUUCCGAACUUUGCGAAAAGUACAACCAGCUCGCUCUGUAUGGGAGCUUCAUUAGCUACAUCACUUCUGCAAUCCGUCUAUUGAAGCUUCGUCAGGAGACAAUGAAGAAGGAGGGUGCAGACGCAGAGUCGUUGCAGAGAAUGGCCAAUAGGAUUAAGCGGUUGGAACACAAGAGACACGUUCUCGAAGAGGCUGAGAACCCGAGGAAGCAGAAAUUAAAGGCUUUGCUCGGUCUUUGA